CUACAUUUGAAGAGAGCAAAUAAACCCUUUUCAAAAAAACCCUAAAUUCGUAAGGCCCGUUCAAUCUCCUCGCCGCCAUUCGCCUUAAUCAGCUUACCGGCCUCAAUCUACGAAUUCUUGAUCAGUCGAACGCCGCAGAAGAAUCCUAUUCUAUUAAAACAAGAUGCAGCACGACGAGCUUAUAUGGCAUGUGAUUCGUCACAAUCACUGCAGUUACAUGGCGAAGUUGGAAACGGGUAAUUUCUGCCGUAACUUAUAUAAUGUUACUGGUAUCUGCAAUCGGAGUUCAUGUCCCUUAGCGAAUAGUCGUUAUGGAACCAUUAGGGAACAUGAAGGUGUAUUCUUCUUGUAUAUGAAGACUAUAGAAAGAGCUCAUACGCCAAACAAGUUGUGGGAAAGAGUUAAGCUGCCAAGGAACUAUGAGAAGUCCUUGGAAAUUAUUGACAAGCAUAUGAUGUACUGGCCACAGCUUCUGGUACACAAGACGAAGCAGCGGUUGACUAAAAUGACCCAGAUGCGGAUCCGAAUGAGGAAGCUUGCUUUGAAGACAAGGGAAAAGAUAAUGACAACUCCUAGGAAAGACAUGAAGCGGGAGUCUAGGAGAGAGGAGAAGGCUGAAAAGGCAGCACUUCUAGAGAAGACUAUUGAGACGGAGUUGAUCGAACGACUCCACAAGGGGGUGUAUGGUGAGAUAUACAACUAUCCGGAAAAAGAAUAUAAGAAGGUUCUUGAUGUUGAGGCCGGUCAAGCUGUUGAAGAGGAGGAAGAGGAGCUAGAGGAGGAAUAUGAGACAGAGUAUGUUGAAGGAGACUAUGAAGAGGAGGAAUAUGAGCCAGAGUUUGUUGAAGGAGAUGAUGAACUCGUAGAUAUAGAAGAUAUGGGCGCUAUGUCCAUAGCUGAUGAUAAUGAUGAAGAAACUGUUGAAAAGAAGAGACCCAGAAAGGGUUCUAAAGAUGGACGGGGUGAUGCUAAAUCAAAGAAGAAAUCUAAAGUGAUUGUUGAGGUUGAGCAUGAUGAUGGCGAUUUAAGACAGAUGGCUACCCUUUGAAAAAAGAGAGGUUAAUUUAUGUAUUUGAUCUUUUCUCUCAUUAUGUUUGUUAAAGGAAGUGACUUUGCAUUUUUUCGUUAUUUUUUCGUUAUUUUGGGCAUGAAUGAAUCCAUGGUCCAUAUUUAUAUCCAAUUUUGUGAUAGCGAAAACAGUUUUUCUUUCUUAGAAUUGUUGGUGGAUUGUGAAUUCAAGAGAAAUUUUGAGGUUCUAACUAACAUU